AUGGAGAACGGGCACGUCGCGGGUGCUCCGCUCCCGGAGGCGAAGCAGCCGGACCCGUUCGAGAAGUCCCUCACGACGGGCGAAGAUGUCCUGCUGUGGCCCAUCGAUGACGUGGCGAAGAAGCCCAUGAAGCUGGGCCCAGCGCGAGUGCAGCCGUCCUUCCCGCCGCCCGAGGACGGGCUCGUGGCGCUGCACAACGAGGCGGUGAUGGCGAAGGAGGUCCUGCAGUCCCGGCGGAGGCUCCCGCCCAUGGUGAACGACCAGUCGCUGUUCACGCUCGCGGCCACCUACGGCGACACCAAUGACCCGUUUUACCACUCGCCGUCGACGCGCAUCGGGUCCUCCCUGUCGAUGCCCGCGUCGCUCGCGUCCGCAGCGCUCGUCGAGGAGUUCCCCCCGGACCCGCAGCAGCCCCAGAAGGCCGCGGGCGACCGCCAGUUCAAGGCGCUCCGCGACCAGCACGUGAUGCGGCAGACCAAGAUCAACGCCAUGGGGGGCACCACCCCCGGCACGCUCCACCUCACCGUCGGCCCCAACGGCCUCCAGGACGCCGAGCCCGACCACCUCGUCAUGGGCAUCACGCUCCCGGGCGGCCGCGGGCCCGACGGGACCGUCCGCGGCAUCGUCGUCGACUGGGGCCGCUCCGUGGAGAUGGACCCGUGCGUCACGCUGCCCAAGGACAUCAGCCCGGAGGAGAAGGAGGUGAUCGCCGACGCCAUCCUGCGGUACUGGUACUACGUCGAGUACGGCGUGCCGGACCGCCACGUGGCGCCGUACCGCGAGGAGUGGGCCGCGAACGCGCUGGCGAUGGUUCCGCAGCAGGCCCCGGCGAGCCUCCCCGAGGAGCGGUACUUUGCGCUGAUCGAGGGGUCGCUGCAGGAGAUCCACCGGGACUACGUGCGGUCGGCGUCGCGGAGCAUCGUGGACUACGUGCUGCUGUCGCCGAUGGAGCGCGAGCGGCUGAACCUCCAGGCGCUCGAGCGCGUGUGGCCGGAGUAUGACUUGUGGCGGCGGUGGUGGCGCGGGGUGGUGUACCGGGAGCUGGACCCGGCGUGGCACGACCACGUCGCGCGCGCGACGCACAACCUCGCCUGGUCGCUGCAGACGCUCUCGCAGAACGCCGCGGAGCUCAACGGCGUCUGGCUCAGCCAGGGGUUCUCGCAGCGCCUCCUGGUGGAGGUCAAGGCGUCGUCGUUCGUGCGGCAGUGCCCCAUGGCCGUGGAGAGCUUCCGCGCGCUGCAGGUGCAGCAGUGCGAGAAGGUCAAGAGCUCCCUGUGGUCGAUCUGGGUCCCGAAGACGGCCGAGAUCUUCCGGCGCCUCCCGCCGGUCUUCAUCAACAACGACGCCGCGGCGUACUACCGCUCGAUCGCGACGCUGCAGAGCAACCACCUCCGCGGCCUCGUGCAGGCCAGCCUCGACGCGUUCGUCGCCUUCUUCCAGGCGCACAAGCGCACCGAGGAGGUCGACCCGCACGGCGACACGCUGAUGUGGGCGCAGCCCGCGGCGUUCCACCUCGAGAUGGUGCACGAGCCGACGGCGGGGAUCGCGUUCCAGCCGGCGCGCGCGGACUUCAAGGACCAGCUGAACAGCAUCAUCGAGAGCGUGGUCAACGCGGUGAUCGGCAUCCCGCGCGCCGAGUCGAUCAACCAGGUGGUGGGGUCGACGACGGGCAUCGCGGACGUGGCGUCGGGGAGCCAGAUGGUGCCGUGCAUGCGGCUGGAGGAGGACCCUGUCGCGGAGGCGCGCCAGGCGGUGAUGCGCGCCAUCGACGACCACUUCGUCGCGCCGACCGAGCUCGCGGCGAUGUUCGCGCCGUACGAGUUCCUGCUGUCGAUCGACGCCGGGGAGUACGCGGCCGCGUUCCAGGACAAGGACCCGUCGCUGGAGCAGUACGCCGAGGAGCUCGACCGCUUCCUGGGUGCGGCCGCGGCGGUCGAGGCGGCGUGCAUGGGCAGCGUGCGGCUGGGCAUGUUCGAGGUCUCGACGCACGGCAUCAAGGCGGCGAUGGUCGGCAAGGCGCGCGAGGUCGUCGCGCAGCUGCUGGACCAGAUCCGCGCCGCCACCUUCGACUCGAACCAGCUCAUCUGCGACACCUUCCAGGAGAUGAUGCAGGAGUUCUCCAAGGUCUCGAAGUCCGGCGAGGAGGUCCUGGCGCUGAAGAAGUACAUUCAGAAGCGCACGGUCGACCAGGACAAGCUGCGCGACGACAUUGCCUUCAACAAGGAGCGCGCGGAGUUCCUGGAGCGGUACCGCUUCGCGACGCCGGACGACGACUUCGCGCUCGCGAUCCGCGCGUACGAGUGGCCGCGGCGCAUGGUGGACAUCCUCAAGGAGGCGGUCCAGAAGGCCAACAGCGAGCAGCGCGUGUUCGAGGACGAGCUCAAGAAGCAGCGCGCGGAGUUCCUCGAGCGCCUCGCGGAGUUCGAGGAGCAGGUCGAGGCGUUCGAGACGUACGGGGAGCUGGUGAAGCGCGACCAGCUGGCCGGGCAGGCGCAGGAGCUGAUGGUGAAGCUGCGCGAGGCGCAGACGGUCGGCGAGGAGAUCAACGCGCAGGAGCGCAUGUUCAGCUGGGCGAUGACGAAGUUCGCGGCGAUCCCGCAGAUGGUCGCGAAGCUGGACCCCUUUUUGUCGCUGUGGUCGACCACCGCCGAGUUCUACAACCGGUACCACGUCUGGAUGAACGGGCCCUUCGCGAAGCUCGACCCCGAGCAGGUCGAGUCCGGCAUCACGGAGGCGUACCGGAAGAUCUACAAGCUGUCGAAGGUGUUCGCGGGGUCGGGCGGGCAGACGCCGGAGCUGCCGGAGCCCCUCAAGGUGGCCGAGACGGUGAAGCAGCGCAUCGAGGAGUUCAAGGGGUACCUCCCGCUGCUCUCCGCGAUCUGCAACCCGGGCCUGCGCGACCGCCACUGGGCGUCGAUCGCGAGCGUGCUGGGCUUCGAGGUGAAGCGCGACGAGGUGACGUCGCUCAAGCGGCUGCUCGACCAGGACGUCGGCGCGCACGUCGAGGGCAUCGCGGCCAUCUCGGACAACGCGUCGCGCGAGUGGUCGAUCGAGAAGCAGCUCGACAAGAUGCUGUCGGACUGGGAGGGGCUCUCGUUCGAGCUGGGCGAGUGGAAGGACACGGGGACCUACAUCCUCAAGGGCGGGCCGGUCGACGAGGCGCAGACGCUGCUGGACGACCACAUCGUGAAGACGCAGGCGAUGUCGGCGUCGCCGUUCGCCGCGCCGUUCAAGCAGCGCCUCGGGCCGUGGGAGCGCAAGCUGGAGCGGCUGCAGAGCAUCCUGGACGACUGGCUCAAGUGCCAGGGGCGGUGGCUGUACCUCGAGCCGAUCUUCGGGUCGGAGGAGAUCGUGCGGCAGAUCCCGCGCGAGGGCACGGCCUUCCGGGAGAUGGACGCCACGUGGCGGCGCACGAUGCAGCGGGUGCGCGAGAGCCCCGCGGUGCUGAGCGUCGCGGACUUCGACAACCUGCUCGAGGACCUGACGCAGGCGAACGAGCAGCUGGACGUCGUGGAGAAGGGCCUGAACGACUUCUUGGAGACCAAGAAGCAGCAGUUCCCGCGCUUCUACUUUUUGUCGAACGACGAGCUGCUCGAGAUCCUGUCCGAGGCCAAGGAGCCGCUCAACAUCCAGAAGUUCACGAAGAAGAUCUUCGAGGCCGUCAAGGAGUUCCAGUUCGAGGCCUCGGGGGACAUCACCGGCAUGACGAGUGUCGAGGGGGAGACGAUUCCGUGGAUCGAGCCCGUGUCGCCGGCGAAGAUCGGCGCGGUGGAGGCGUGGCUCCUCGAGUGCGAGAACGUCAUCAAGCGCACGCUGCACAAGAUCGCGCGCGACGCCAUCGAGGCCUAUGCCGACACCGAGCGCUCCCGCUGGAUCCUCAACUGGCCGGGGCAGCUGGUGCUCAACUGCUCCCAGGUGUACUGGACGUCCGACGUGAUGCAGGCCAUCCAGAGCGCGGGCGCGGCCGGCCUCAAGGAGUACGCCGGGCAGUGCUCGGAGGAGCUCAACAAGAUCGUCACCCUCGUGCGCGGCCAGCUGUCCAAGCUGGAGCGGGCGACGUGCGGCGCGCUCGUGGUCAUCGACGUGCACGCGCGCGACGUCGUCGCGCAGAUGGCCGAGGACGGCGUCGAGUCGGUCAAGGACUUCAAGUGGGAGGCGCAGAUGCGCUACUACUGGGAGCACAACGAACACCCCCCCUCGAACGUGGACCCGACGGACACGAUCGUCGUGCGCAUGAUCAACGCGGAGGCGCUGUACGGCUACGAGUACCUCGGCAACUCGUCCCGCCUCGUCAUCACGCCGCUGACGGACCGCUGCUACCGCACGCUCAUGGGCGCCAUCCACAUGAACCUCGGCGGGGCGCCCGCGGGGCCCGCGGGGACGGGGAAGACGGAGACGACGAAGGACCUGUCGAAGGCGCUCGCGAUCCAGUGCGUGGUGUUCAACUGCUCGGACGGCCUCGACUACAAGGCCAUGGGCAAGUUCUUCAAGGGGCUGGCGUGCAGCGGCGCGUGGGCGUGCUUCGACGAGUUCAACCGCAUCGAGCUCGAGGUGCUCAGCGUCGUCGCGCAGCAGGUCCUGACGAUCCAGCGCGCCAAGGCCGUGCGCGCCAAGACGUUUGUCUUCGAGGGGACGGAGCUGAAGCUGGUGAUGACGAACAACGUCUUCAUCACGAUGAACCCGGGGUACGCCGGGCGGUCGGAGCUCCCGGACAACCUCAAGGCGCUGUUCCGCGACGUGGCGAUGAUGGUGCCGGACUACGCCAUGAUCGCCGAAAUCAUCCUGUACUCGUACGGGUACCUGGACGCGCGCGCCAUGGCGCGGAAGCUCGUGCAGACGUACCGGCUGUGCUCCGAGCAGCUCUCGAGCCAGUUCCACUACGACUACGGCAUGCGCGCCGUCAUUGCCGUGCUGCGCGCGGCGGGCAACCUCAAGCGCAAGUACGGCGACCAGGCCGAGGACGUGCUCAUGCUGCGGGCGAUCACCGACGUCAACCUGCCCAAGUUCCUCGACCAGGACGUGCCGCUCUUCGAGGGCAUCGUGUCGGACCUGUUCCCCGGCGUGGCGCUGCCGGAGAUCGACUACAGCGACCUGCUGGCCGCGCUGCGGGAGAACAGCGUGAAGCGCAACCUGCAGCCGCUGGACAACUUCUUCACGAAGACGAUCCAGCUGUACGAGAUGAUCAUCGUCCGCCACGGCCUCAUGCUGGUGGGGGAGUCGUACGGCAUGAAGACGUGCUCGUACCAGGUGCUCGCCGCGGCGCUCGAGCAGCUGCACCAGAAGGGCCUGAUGGGCGAGAACCCCGUGAAGACGUACGUGGUGAACCCGAAGAGCAUCACCAUGGGGCAGCUGUACGGGCAGGAGGACGCCGUGUCCAAGGAGUGGACGGACGGCAUCCUGGCGGUCAACUUCCGCAACGCCGCGCGCGACGAGUCGAACGACCGCAAGUGGGUCAUCCUGGACGGCCCCGUCGACGCGGUGUGGAUCGAGAACAUGAACACGGUGCUCGACGACAACAAGAAGCUCUGCCUCAACUCGGGCGAGAUCAUCGCCAUGAACGCGCAGAUGAACAUGAUCUUCGAGGUCGAGGACCUCAGCCAGGCGUCCCCGGCCACGGUCUCGCGCUGCGGCAUGGUGUACAUGCAGGCGCGCCUGCUCGGGUGGAAGCCCAUCCUGCAGUCGUGGAUCGACCAGCUGCCCGAGCAGAUCGCGCCGGAGAUCAAGGAGCAGAUCCAGGCGCUCUUCGCGUGGCUCCUGCCCCCGAUGCUGCGCGUGGCGACCAAGGAGGUCCGCCGGCCGGUGCCGAUGCAGGACAUCAACCUGGCGUCGUCGUGCAUGAGCCUCCUCGAGUGCCUCCUGGACGACUUCGCGCACAACCCGGAGGUGAUGAGCAUGAACAUGAACCUCCAGGCGGUGUGGGUGCAGUCGCUGAUGCUGUUCUCGCUCGUGUGGUCGGUCGGCGGGUGCACGGACGAGGAGGGCCGCUCGCGGUUCGACCAGGUCCUCCGGCGGCUCCUCGUGAACGACCCCCCGGCGGACAUCAAGCCGUACAUGGAGGCGCCGGCGGUGCCGAUCACGCAGGUCUACCCCGAGGGGCGGCUGGUGUACGACUUUGUGUUUGACAAGGCCAAGGCGAAGUGGGUGCCGUGGAUGGACAUCGUGGACUCCGGCCCGCUCGACGUCGAGCAGGAAUACAACUCGAUCAUCGUGAAGACGCAGGACACCGUGCGCUACGGGUACCUGAUCAGCCUGGCGGUGGCGCACUCGAAGCACAUGCUGUACGUCGGGCCGACGGGGACGGGCAAGACGGCGUACAUCAACCGCUUCUUGCAGACCGACAUGGACCUGAGUCAGUUCACGUGGAACCUGGUCAACUUCAGCGCGCAGACGUCGUGCAACAUGACGCAGGACAUGAUCGACGCGCGCCUCGACCGCCCGCGCGGCCGCAAGGGCAAGAAGACCUACGCGCCGCCCAACGGCAAGAAGAUGGUGGUCUUCGUCGACGACCUGAACAUGCCGAAGAGGGAGAUCUACGGCGCGCAGCCGCCCAUCGAGCUGCUGCGGCAGUGGAUGGACCACGGCGGGUGGUACGACCGCAAGGAGUACCACUUCCGGCACAUCGCGGACAUCCAGUUCGUGUCCGCGAUGGGCCCGCCGGGCGGCGGGCGCAACAGCGUGACCAACCGGUACCUGCGCCACUUCCACGUGGUGUCGCUCACGCCGUUCGACCUCGACACGAACUACCUGAUCUUCUCGUCGCUGCUCGACUGGUUCUUCCGCAAGUACGAGUACGACCAGGCCUUCACGAAGCACCUCCGCGGCAUCGUCAUGUCCUCGAUCGACCUCUUCAAGACGGUGCAGCAGGAGCUCCUGCCGACGCCGACCAAGUCGCACUACACCUUCAACCUGCGCGACCUGUGCAAGGUCUUCCAGGGCAUCUCCGUCGCCGACAAGGCCGUGCAGGACCCCGCGCAGCUCGUGCGGCUGUGGUGCCACGAGAUGCUGCGCGUGUUCUACGACCGUCUGGUGGCGGAGGAGGAGCGCGACUGGCUGCUCGACAAGAUCGAGGCGGUCGCGGAGAAGCAGUUCAAGGAGAAGUUCAGCAAGCUGGCGGCGUCGCCGCACAUGCGCGAGACCAAGGUCACGAUGCGCGGGCUCAAGAGCAACAUGUUCGGCGACUACAUGGUCCCCGGCGCGGCCACGAAGCAGUACUCCGAGGUCCCCUCCAUGGAGGCCUUCCUCAAGGUCGCCCAGGAGUACCUCAACGACUUCAACGCCACGUCCAAGAAGCCCAUGCAGCUCGUGCUCUUCGACUUCGCGCUGGAGCACGUGUCGCGGAUCUGCCGCAUCAUCAAGCAGCCCGGCGGGCACGCGCUGCUGGUCGGCAUGGGCGGGUCCGGCCGGCAGUCGCUCACCCGGCUGGCGGCGUUCGUGGAGGAGUUCGAGGUGUAUCAGAUUGAGAUCUCGAAGACGUACGGGAUGGCGGACUGGUCGGACGACCUGCGCACGGUGCUGAAGAUGGCGGGGGAGCAGAACAAGCCCGUGGUGUUCCUCUUCGCGGACACGCAGAUCAAGGACGAGACGUUUGUGGAGAACAUCUCGAACCUGAUCAACACGUACGAGGUGCCCAACCUGCUGGGGUCCGGCGACAUGGUGACGAUCUACGAGAACAUCAAGGGGCGCGCGAAGGCCGCGGGCCGCGACGGCAACCUGCACCAGUUCUUCCUGGACGAGCUGCGGCGCAACCUGCACGUGGUGCUGUCGUUCUCGCCCGUGGGCGACGCCUUCCGCGAGCGCCUGCGCAAGUUCCCGUCGCUGAUCAACUGCACGACGUGCGACUGGUUCACGCGCUGGCCCGAGCAGGCGCUCGCGUCCGUGGCGCAGGCCAACCUGCGCGACGUGGUGGGCAUCGAGGACGACAUGAAGGAGCACCUGCCGGCCAUCUGCGUGCUGUUCCACAACUCGAUGCACCAGAUGACGGAGCGCUUCCUCGCCGAGCAGCGCCGGUACAACUACGUGACGCCCACGUCGUACCUGGAGCUGCUCGCGUCAUACAAGGAGCUGCUGGGGCGCAAGCAGCAGGAGAUCUCGACGAUCAAGCGGCGGUACGAGGUCGGGCUGGACAAGCUCGAGGCCACGGAGGCGUCCGUGGCGGGCAUGCAGGAGGAGCUCAUCGCGUUGCAGCCGCAGCUCGACGCGGCGGUGGUGGAGACGGACGCGGCGAUGGAGGUGAUCGCGAAGGAGAGCGAGGAGGCGGCCAAGGUCAAGGCGGUGGUCGAGGUGGACGAGGCGGCCGCGAGCAAGGAGGCCGCGGACGUGCAGGCCAUCAAGGACGACUGCCAGCGAGACCUCGACCGGGCGAUGCCGCUGGUGUACGAGGCGCUCAAGGCGCUCGACACGCUCACGAAGAACGACAUCACGGAGGUCAAGGGCAUGAAGAGUCCGCCCGCGGGCGUCAAGCUCGUCAUGGAGGCGGUGUGCAUCCUCAAGGGCGUCAAGCCCAGCCGCAUCAAGGACCCGAACAGCGGGAAGAUGGUCGACGACUACUGGGACGCGGCGAAGAAGAUGCUGAACGACUUCGCCUUCCUGGACUCGCUCAAGACGUACGACAAGGACAACAUCCCCCCCAAGGUCAUCGAGGGGAUCAAGCCCUACCUGGAGCGGGACGAGUUCGACCCGGAGAAGAUCAAGUCGGUCUCGAAGGCCGCGUUCGGGCUGUGCUGCUGGGUGCGCGCGAUGGGCGCGUACGACGAGGCCAUGAAGGUCGUGCGGCCGAAGCAGGAGGCGCUGCACGAGGCCGAGUCCAAGCUGGGGACGGUCAUGCAGGCGCUCGAGGGGAAGCGCGCGGAGCUCAAGGAGGUCAUGGACAAGCUCGCGGCGCUCGACGCGGACCUGCAGGAGAAGAAGUCGCGCAAGGAGAAGCUCGAGCACGACGUGCACAUGUGCACGGUGAAGCUGGACCGCGCGCAGAAGCUGAUCGAGGGGCUGGGCGGCGAGAAGACGCGCUGGACGGCCGCGGCGGAGCGUCUCGGCGCGCAGCUGGAGCAGCUGGUCGGCGACGUGCUGCUCAGCGCCGGGCAGAUCGCCUACCUGGGGCCCUUCACGUACCCCUACCGCAGCGCGGCGCUGCAGGAGUGGACCAAGGCGUGCAACGAGUACGCGGUGCCGUGCUCGGACCACUUCACGCUCUUGAACUGCCUGGGCGACCAGGUCAAGAUCCGGCAGUGGAACAUCCAGGGGCUGCCGCGCGACGACUUCUCGUCGGAGAACGCCAUCAAGCUGGACCAGGGGCGCCGCUGGCCGCUGUGCAUCGACCCGCAGGGGCUGGCCAACCGCUGGAUCCGCAACAUGGAGGAGGCGCGCAACAUCAACGUCAUCAAGCUCACGGACGCCAACUUCCUGCGCACCCUGGAGAACAGCAUCCCGCUCGGGACGCCCGUGCUGCUGGAGAACGUCGGGGAAUCGCUCGACGCGGCGCUGGAGCCGCUGCUGCAGAAGCAGCUGUUCAAGCAGGGCGGCGCGCUGUGCAUCAAGCUGGGCGACGCGGUCGUGGAGUUUGACGCGCAGUUCAAGUUCUACAUCACGACCAAGCUCCGGAACCCGCACUACCCGCCGGAGCUGUGCACGAAGGUCUCGCUGCUGAACUUCGUCACGACGGCGGAGGGUCUCGAGGACCAGCUGCUGGGCAUCGUGGUGGCGAAGGAGCGGCCGGACCUGGAGGAGGAGAAGUCGAAGCUCAUCAUCCAGGGGGCGGAGAACAAGCGGAAGCUCAAGGAGAUCGAGGACAAGAUCCUCAAGGUGCUGUCGAGCUCCGAGGGCAACAUCCUCGAGGACGAGGAGGCGGUGGACGUGCUGCAGAGCUCCAAGGUGCUGGCGGACGACAUCAGCGAGAAGCAGAAGAUCGCGGACGAGACGGAGGCGAAGAUCGACGACGCGCGCGUGGGGUACAAGCCCGUCGCGCGCCACUCGUCGACGCUGUACUUCUCCGUCAUGGACAUGGGCCACAUCGACCCCAUGUACCAGUACUCGCUGGGGUGGUUCGUGGGGCUCUUCCUCAAGGCCAUCUCCGAGUCCAAGCAGUCGGACGAGCUCGAGGAGCGCCUGCACCACCUCAACGACCACUUCACGUUCCUGCUCUACCAGAACGUGUGCCGCUCCCUGUUCGAGAAGGACAAGCUGCUCUUUGCGCUGGUGCUGGCCACCAAGCUCGGGAUCAACCAGGGCACCGUCGACCCCGAGGAGCUCCGCUUCCUCCUCACCGGCGGCGUCGCCGUCGGCGACCUGGACGCGCCGAACCCCGCGCCGGGCUGGCUCUCGGACAAGUCGUGGGGCGAGAUGCACCGCGCGUCCACCACGCUGUCCGACGCCUUCAAGCCGCUCGCGGACCACGUCGCCGCGCACACCGCGCAGUGGGAGACCAUCUACCUGUCGUCCGAGCCGCAGAACGAGGCCCUGCCGGAGCCGUUCUGCGCGUCGCUGACUCAGUUCCAGCAGCUCAUCGUCCUGCGCACCGUGCGGCAGGACAAGCUCAUCCCCGCGAUCACCAAGUACGUCGCGGCCGCGCUCGGGCCGCGCUUCGUCGAGCCGAUGCCGUUCGCGAUCGAGCCGUCGUUCAACGACUCGAGCCCCACCAUGCCGCUGGUGUUUGUCCUGUCGCCCGGGUCGGACCCGAUGGCGGCGCUGCUGAAGUUCGCGGACGACCGCGGCAUCCGCGUCGAGGCGGUCAGCCUCGGGCAGGGCCAGGGCCCCGUCGCGCAGCAGUGGAUCGAGACGGGCAUGAAGGAGGGCCUGUGGGUGGUGCUGCAGAACUGCCACCUGGCCAAGUCCUUCCUGCCGACGCUGGAGCUCAUCUGCGAGCAGCAGCUCGUGCCCGGGCGCGUGCACCGCGACUUCCGGCUGUGGCUCACGUCGUACCCGACGCCGAUCUUCCCGAUCAGCGUGCUGGAGAACUCGGUCAAGAUGACGAACGAGCCGCCCAAGGGGCUCGCGGCGGGGCUGCUGCGGACCUACAUGAUGGACCCCUUCUGCGAGCACGAGUUCUUCGCGGGGUGCCAGAAGGACGCGCCGUUCCGCAAGCUCAUGUUCGGCCUGGCCUUCUUCCACAGCGUGAUUUACGAGCGGAAGAAGUUCGGGCCGAUCGGGUGGAACAUCCCGUACGAGUUCAACGAGAACGACCUGCGCAUCAGCAUCCGGCAGCUGCGCAUGUUCCUCGACGAGUACGCCGAGAUCCCGUACGACACCCUGCAGUACACGUGCGGCGAGUGCAACUACGGCGGGAAGGUCACGGACGGGCUCGACCGGCGCACGCUGAUGACCAUCCUCGACGACUUCUACACGCCGAAGAUCCUCGAGGACACGUACAAGCUGUCGCCGUCGGGCACGUACUUUGCGCCGCCGUACGGCGACUACAACUCCUACCUGGAGUACAUCCGGAAGCUCCCGCUCAUCGCGUCGCCGGAGGUGUUCGGCCUGCACGAGAACGCGGACAUCACGAAGGACCUCCAGGAGGUCGGGCUGCUGCUGAACAGCAUGAUGCUGACGCAGUCGCGCUCGACGAGCGGCGGGGGGAAGUCGGCGGAGGACAUCAUCGCCGAGGUGUCGGCGGGGAUCCUCGCGCAGCUCCCGCCGGACUUCGACCUCGAGAAGGUGCAGCGGAAGUACCCGCAGGCCUACGACAACAGCAUGAACACCGUGCUCGUGCAGGAGCUCGAGCGGUGCAACCGGCUGCUGUCCGUGAUCCGCUCGAUGCUGGUCAACCUCGGGAAGGCCGUCAAGGGCCUCGCGCUCAUGAGCCCCGAGCUGGACGAGGUCGGCACGGCGCUGUAUGUCGGCAAGGUGCCCGCGGUGUGGCUCAAGCACUCGUUCCCGAGCCUCAAGCCGCUGGGGCCGUACAUCAAGGAGCUGCUCGACCGGUGCAAGUUCUUCCAGGACUGGAUCGACCACGGGGCGCCCAAGGUGUUCUGGAUCUCCGGGUUCUUCUUCACCCAGGCCUUCCUCACGGGGUCGAAGCAGAACUUCGCGCGCAAGUUCACCAUCCCGAUCGACGAGGUGGACUUCGACUUCGAGGUGAUGGACCGCCCCGGGGACUGCGAGGAGCCCCCCGCGGACGGCGUCUACUGCGACGGGCUGUUCAUCGAGGGCUGCCGGUGGGAGUUUGACAAGCACGUGCUGGCGGACUCGGAGCCCAAGGUGCUGUUCUCGAAGAUGCCCAUCAUCUGGAUGGUGCCGAAGAAGGUGACGGACUUCAAGAAGUACCAGCACUUCGAGGCGCCGCUGUACAAGACCACGGAGCGGCGCGGGGUGCUGUCGACAACGGGCCACUCGACCAACUUCGUCAUGACCGUGCGCCUCCCGAGCGAGCACGACGCGUCCUUCUGGAUCAAGCGCGGCGUGGCGCUCAUGACCUCUCUCAACGACUAG